CACAAGGACCCCCCUUCCACCCCCCCAUCAUUCCAACUCCAUCAGCUCGGGGACCCCCUUCACCAGCCCCCUCUUCGACAAACCCAGGGGGGGGGACCGAUAUCCCCUUCGUUCAUUCCUUCUCUGCAGCUCGUUUCAAAUCCGUCUACCCACCACAACCAGCACCACCACCACGACCCCCUUUCUCUCCACGUAAACCUUUCUUGGAUCGUCCGCGGACCCCCCCAUUUCCUCGCUUUGUUCAAGGAAGCAGGGACCCCCCCCCCCACCACCACCACCGCUCUCCACCCCUUGCCACCCCCUUUGCUCUGCUCGGGAUCUGUGUUGCACGCGCGCGGGCGCGUGCGCGCGCUGCGUCGGGGACCCCCCCUUUUGGAGGAGGUCGCCACGAACCGCGUGGACUGCGCGUCGCUCUGCGUCGACACCUCCGCUCGCCACAGACGCACUCGCGAGCUCACCAUGGCCCCCCAAAAGGGCACCCAGCCCGCGGCCGUCAACGGCAAAUCUGGGGACGGCGCCGCGGGGGGCAGUGGCGUGGUUGUUGCUCCGGGGGGGGUCGCCCAGGGGGGGGACGGCGAGCUCGGCAUGGACCCCUGCGGGGAGGCGGGGGCGCUGGAGCCCCCCGCGAGGAAGUUAAAGGAGCGCGGCCACUGGAACAACAAGGUCGAGUUCGUGCUGUCCGUGGCCGGGGAGAUCAUCGGCCUGGGAAACGUGUGGCGCUUCCCGUACCUGUGCUACAAGAACGGCGGCGGUGCAUUCCUCAUUCCCUACGUGGUGUUCUUCGUGGGAUGUGGGAUCCCCGUCUUCUUCCUGGAGACGGCGCUGGGACAGUUCACGAGCCAGGGCGGCAUCACCUGCUGGAGGAAGAUCUGCCCUCUCUUCGAGGGAAUCGGAUACGCGACCCAGGUGAUCGUGGGCUUCCUCAACAUGUACUACAUCAUCAUUCUCGCCUGGGCCAUCUUCUACCUGUGCUUCGCUAUCACGGGCGGCAUGCAGUGGUCCUCCUGCAACAACGACUGGAACACGGUGAACUGUCAAGAGUUCCGGGUGAACCUGACGCAGGCCAAUGGGACGAUCCUCCUGGGGAAGUCCAACGCCACGUCACCCGUCAUCGAGUUCUGGGAGCGCCGUGUGCUGGGUCUCUCGUCUGGGAUCGAGAAGAUUGGCUCUCUGCGCUGGGAGCUGGCGCUGUGUCUCCUCGCCGCGUGGAUCAUUUGCUACUUCUGCAUCUGGAAGGGAACCAAGUCCACCGGCAAGGUGGUGUACGUGACGGCCACCUUCCCCUACGUGAUGCUCGUGGUGCUGCUGCUGCGCGGGGUCACGCUGCCCGGCGCCUCCGAGGGGGUCAAGUUCUACCUCUACCCCGACCUGAGCCGCCUCUCCGACCCACAGGUGUGGGUUGACGCAGGGACUCAAAUCUUCUUCUCCUACGCCAUCUGCCUGGGAUGCCUCACCGCCUUGGGGAGCUACAACAACUACAACAACAACUGCUACAGGGACUGCGUGAUGCUGUGCUGCCUGAACAGCGGCACGAGCUUCAUCGCUGGCUUCGCCAUCUUCUCCGUGCUCGGCUUCAUGGCACUCGAGCAGGGGGUCAACAUCGCCGAGGUCGCCGAGUCAGGUCCCGGCCUGGCGUUCAUCGCCUACCCGCGUGCUGUCUCCAUGAUGCCCCUCGCCCCGCUCUGGGCGUCGCUCUUCUUCCUCAUGCUCAUAUUCCUGGGCCUCGACAGCCAGUUCGUGUGCGUGGAGAGCCUGGUGACGGCCAUGGUGGACAUGUACCCCAAGACGUUCCGCUUCGGCCGCAGACGCGAGCUGCUCAUCCUGUGCGUGUCCAUCAUCUCCUUCUUCCUGGGCCUCAUCAUGCUCACGGAGGGAGGAAUGUACAUCUUCCAGCUGUUCGACUACUACGCGGCCAGUGGCAUGUGUCUGCUCUUCGUUGCUGUCUUUGAGUCCAUCUGCAUCGGAUGGAUAUACGGAGGGGACAGAUUCUACGACAACAUCGAGGACAUGAUUGGAUACCGGCCAUUCCCUCUCAUUAAGUGGUGCUGGAUGUACGUGACCCCUGGCAUCUGCGCGAGCAUCUUCCUCUUCUCUCUCAUCAAGUACCAACCGCUGACGUACAACAAGACCUACACCUACCCCGACUGGGGCUACGGCAUCGGCUGGAUGCUGGCACUGUCCUCCAUGAUCUGCAUCCCAAUCGGCGGCGGAUACAAGCUGCUCACCACCACAGGCACCUUCAGGGAGCGGCUGCAGAAGCUGGUGACCCCCAGCCCGGACCUGCCGGUGCCGGGCGCCUCCAGGGCCGGCGCCGUGCAGGUGCAGCUGAGCCGCUCGGCCAGCGACUGCGAUGCCAACGGGCGCUGCAACGGGGAGGACGGCACCGCGGCAGCCGCCCCCGACGCCAACGCCGCCGCCGCCAACGCCGCCGGCGCCGCCGGCGCCGCUGGUGCCGCCGGUGCCGCCGUGGCCGCGGCCGUGGCCGUCGGCGGCGGCGCCUGCGCCGACACGGAGAGCCCGCUGUGAGCGGCGGGGGCCCCGGCGGGGGCCCAGGGUGGCGGGGCCCGACUCGGGUCCCCCCGGGGUCAGCGGCUGGAAUGGCGCAAGGUCUGUUUUAAUUCUGGGGGCGGCUGGCCCCCAGAUGUAGCCCCUAGUGAUAGUCCUAGCUCCUAGGUGUAGGCCCCGAGCAGGCUGCCUCCAGCCUGAAGCCCCUAUAACCUUGUCCGUGACUCCCUCGCCUCUCUUAGCCCCCCUGAACUGUAGCCCCCCCUCCCACCCAACCGCGUCCCUGCGUCCCCCACCUUGGUGAUUGUUUGGCACGGUGAGCAGUCGACCCCCCCCCCAGACCGCCCGUCCCAAGCUGUAUUUGUGUGCUCGUGUUUUGUCCUUCACCGUUUAAAAGAUUGGAGGCAGCGGUGGGAAGUCGCUGGGGUUUCCAAUGGGAUGGCAGGGGUAAGGCGGGCCACUCCACGCUCUCUUUCUCUCUCUCCGGCUGAGAGUUGGAAGGGGCUCGCGCGUUCGCCGGCUCCUCCGUCCAUCCGUCCGUAACGACGGGGCGGCGGGGUGGGGGGGCGGUGCCCUCACCCUGGAGGAAGCCGGGCUCGCAUUGCGCAAUGCGUUAUUGCCCCAACGCGCGCGCGCGCACUUGGGAGAGACACGAGCAAAAAGAGCCAGGGAUAAAAGGACAAGUUGCUAAUGUUCAGGUGCGCUUUGUCCUGCCGGCGAACCACCGGCUUCCGAUUAAAUUAUCCGGGCGGUGACGGUGGCCACGUCGCUGCACGUGGCCGCCUGUAGUGACCCAGCGGUGCGAGGAGGCAGCAGCAUCAUCAGCCGGGGCUGGGAGAUCCCCGCACAUACACACACACAGACGUUGUUGCGAAACUCCACUUUCCCGUGGUCGUGGAGGAGGUUGCCAUAUCAUGGCUCGCCAAGAGAAGGCGGCACAGCACAGUUUGGACUCUGCCUGUUUCAUCUGUGUGGAAUAGAGCGUUGCCCCCUUGCACGCGUGGAUUGACCUCUGGGUGCUCCUCCCACGUGGUGUAUAAUAGACAACUGAUACAUUGGCUGAUGACACCUUCGUAUGUGGAGGACCGGCAGGGCUACGGCAAUUGUUGGUAGCGCUGGCUCCUCCCGCGUGGCUGCUAAACUACUCUUCUAAACUUUAUUUAUUUAAGGCUCUCAAGUAAGCUCUAUAGCUCUUAUUCAGAAGCGACCCGGCUCUCAAAAAUUAAUAGCUCAACGAAGUGGCUUAUCAUCAUCGCGUGGAAAUGUAUCGCAGCCAAAUACUCUAAACGCGUGAUGUCGAGCAUCAACGUGGAGGGAAAAACCGGAGGACCCCGAGAAAAAUCCACGCGACCACGGGGAGAGAGAGAGACACGCAAACUCCAAAUAUACAGCAGCAGACGUCACGGUUGGGAUUGAACCCACGACCUCCUGUAUACCAGGCGAGGUAGUUAGCAUAUCGUAGCCACCGUGAUGAUGAUGAGAGAGAGAGAGACACGCAAACUCCAAAUAUACAGCAGCAGGCGUCAGGGUCGGGAUUGAACCCACGACCUCCUGUAUACCAGGCGAGGUAGUUAACAUCUCCUAGCCACUGUGGUUACUGCUGCUGCAGCCUUCCCGCUCCUCAUCUGUGGUUCUUCCUCCUGGUGCAUCUGAGUCUCCCCCCCCCCUCUCUCUACGAGAGCGAAGAGCGAACACCAUGCGGCGGUGGUGGUGGCGAAGCGUUACGAGUGGAGAUGAUCAAUCACAUCAACGCUCGAGUAAGGCAAACACACGUUUGGAAAGCAGAUACACAAUCUAUGGGUGCAUAUGCAGGAUCUCUCCAAACUUGUGUUUAAUUAAAAAGAGGCUUAUUCCAGUAAAGCAAAAACAACAACAACAAAUACCGCUCGGUUUGGAAACCCCAGCGGUUUUAGCGAUGGGAAUCUCGCGCAGGGGACCCCCUUGACGAACAGGGGGGGGGACCCCCUUGGCCCGUUGCGUAUCCCCUUGCUGAUCGGUAACGAAAGCAGGGGGCUAACGGUGAGGUUGCACUUCAUGACGAUCGAGCGAGGGUUAGCGGUGAGCUGAGUGGGGUCGGUGUAGGUGUAAAUACAGGUGUACAUACGGGCACGUGCAAGUCGCACACACAGGCGCGUGUAUGUGUACCUGUGCAGGUCUAUGUGUACCUGUGCAGGUGUAUGUGUACCUGUGCAGGUGUAUGUGUACCUGUGCAGGUGUGCAUAUGGGUACACGCACAGGUCAGUGUAUGUGUACCUGUGCAGGUGUAUGUGUACCUGUGCGUACAGGCGCGUGUAUGGGUACCUGUGCAGGUGUACGUGUACCUGUGCGUACAGGCGCGUGUAUGGGUACCUGUGCAGGUGUACGUGCAGCUGUGCGUACAGGCGCGUGUAUGUGUACCUGUGCAGGUGUGCAUUGGGGUGCACGCACAGGUCAGUGUAUGUGUGCCUGUGCAGGUGUACGUAUCGUUUCUGUGCACACACAGAUGCCCACGUGUGUCGAAGUGUGUGCACAGGUGCCCUACAGGUGCGUGAUGCACCUGUGUAGGUGCCCUACAGAUGUACGAUGCACCUGUACAGGUGCCCUACAGGUGCAUGAUGUGCCUGUACAGGUGCCCUGCAGGUGUGCGAUGCACCUGUACAGGUGCCCUACAGGUGUAUGAUGCACCUUUACAGGUGCCCUACAGGUGCAUGAUGCACCUGUACAGGUGCCCUACAGGUGUAUGAUGCACCUGUGUAGGUGCCCUACAGAUGUACGAUGCACCUGUACAGGUGCCCUACAGGUGCAUGAUGCGCCUGUACAGGUGCCCUGCAGGUGUGCGAUGCACCUGUACAGGUGCCCUACAGGUGUAUGAUGCACCUUUACAGGUGCCCUACAGGUGCAUGAUGCACCUGUACAGGUGCCCUGCAGGUGUGCGAUGCACCUGUACAGGUGCCCUACAGGUGUGCGAUGUACCUGUACAAGUGCCCUACAGGUGUGCGAUGUACCUGUACAGGUGCCCUACAGGUGUGCUAUACACCUGUACACGUUUCAGGUGACCGUGAACACCUGUCGCCGCCACGCGCCGUUCUUUCACCCCUUUUACGAUGUCACCCUGACCCCCUCCUACUUGUCCUAACCCUUAAACCCUUCUCCCCUAGAUCCCCCCUCUCCCCUUCUCCCCAGUGUGGGGAUAUAAGACCCCUGUUUAGGGACCAAACUUAGAAGAACACGACGGCUCACAGUGUGGGUGGAAGGAGGGGGUGGGGAGGUUUAGUCGGGGGGGGAGGCUGGGAGAGGCUUAAGCCUCCCCCCCUCCCAAUUCCUCCCCCUCCUCUUCCCAUUCGCUGGGUUACCGAUCGAAUUCACGCGGAGAAAAUACAAACGGAGUGCUCGGCUUCUUAACCAGGUAAAGCCCAAUGAGCCCGUGAGCCGCCGUUCAGAGACGACCUCGCCACGCGCGAUGACGCCUCCUCGUCGUAGUCACCAAUCGCCGAAGGGGCGGGUAUCGUCAUCGCGUGGCACGGGAAUAAUUUAUAGCGGCAGCCAAAUAAUCUGAGCGCGCGUUGAUUCUCAAUGUGGACGGUUGGGGUUGGGAGCGGGGGGGGGCAACGCCGAACAAUUCACGCGACUGGAGAUAGAGAGAGAGAACGCGGGGACUCCAAACACUGACACGGUACACGCAUAGUCAGGGUCCGGGAUAGAACCCAGGCGAGGGAGACGACAUUUCCUCACUGCCGCAGCUGCCCCUUGGCGAUUGUAUGGAUUGAAAACAGCGCGCUCGCACCCUGCGGACGCCUCCAUGAGUUACCAUCGGCGUAGCCCCCCCCCACUCCCUCCCUCGGUAUGUUCGUUUUACCCACAUUUGAGACGCAAAGAAAAAAGUGGGAUCCUAGUUCUCCUGGUCUCACCAGCAAUGCCCCCUGAGAAGAAUUGAAUUCUCAGCUUCCGCUCUCGGAAUAUCCAAGUGGGAGGGGAAGGGCGCGAGGGGGGGGGGGGCGGCGAUCGUGGCAAUAACCCCCAGCCCACCCCCACCCAGAAAAUUGGUAUUCUAUUGAUAUUGACCAGCGACAAUACAUGUAUCGCCCGUUCGGGUAUGAGUAUUACUAUUAUUGCUAUUAAUGUAGGGCCCUGUUCAUAUCAAACAUCUUGACAUCUCGCGACCGCCGCCCGCCCUCGAGGGGCAGGGGCCCAGGCGCUCGGCCUCGCACCCGCGAGCGGCCGAGGGAUGCUGCGGGAGGCGACGUUUCUUCUGGGCGCAGGUCGCGCUGUUCAUGGCAGGUUCAUGAGAUGACUACGGGUGGAACCCUGUCUCUGAAAUCGGCGGCGCCGGUCCGCGCACGCGUGCAUGCCAGCGAGAGAGAGAGAUCCGAUCGGAGACCCCGCGAGUGAGACCUUUCCCCGCGGCGUGUCCGUCCGCCGUUUUUUAAGUGAUUGUUGUUAUUCAUGAUUGUUUUUAUAUAUGCAUUAUAUAUAGUAGUCGAUGUCGAAUAGCUCCUGUCGUAAUAUUGAUGAUGAUGAUGACGACGAUGUGCGGUAGAUGCGGUAGACUCCUGAACAUUCCUAACUGAAAACAUUCCCACCAUGACGCCACUCGGUGUGACGCCAGGCUGUGUGAUGUCACGUGGUGUGAUGCCAGGCAGUGUGAUGCCAGGCAGUGUGACGCCAGGCUGUGUGAUGCCACGUGGUGUGAUGCCAGGCGGUGUGAUGCUGCUCGGUGUGACAUCACUCAGUAUGAUACCACACGGUGUGACGCCACUCGGUGCAACGCCACGUGGCGUGACGCGAUGAUGCCAGUGCUUUUUGUGAACCCAUCGGGAGCCGCUGCUCUGAAGGCCGGGACCACAUUGUGGGCAAUUUUAGAGCAACCGUUGCCACCCGUUAUCUGAUUGAACGCUGCCAUCAUCCCAGUUGUCCAUCCCAGAGGGGGCAGGAACAGCAGCGGCGAUCAGAUUCGUUCCACGUGCGGGCAACUAGAAUUGUUUGCCGGAUAAUCUGCAGCGGCAACUGUUGCAACUUACGAUUGCCUCCGGCGAUUGCCGUAAAAUUGCCCCUAGUGUAGCGGCGGCCUUGAAAAGCCGGGCCGACGCCUGAGCGAUCAGUUGCGCCAACGCAGUCGCUUAUGUCCGGACGUUUCUGCAACCGGUUGCGAGCGGUUCGUCGACGGUUACGAGCAUUGGGGACCGCCUCCUCGGCUUUCGAGCGACGAUCCGCUCGGAGAUUUCUUAGCGACGCGUUUCCGCCAUCGCUUAAGCGCGGCGCAUUUUGUUCGACCCGUGACGAUCGGUCCCACCGAUCCCGAAACCGGUCAGUUUCCUCGUUGCGCAACCCACUCGCUCGGAUGCUGUGGACAAAGCGGCCACGCAAUGGGUGCAACGGUGGUGUAGUUGCGUGGCGGUGAUAUCGGGAGCGGUUUCGGGUUGCUCAAACAAAUCGCCCGGGCGCGAUCGCGGCAGCUCCACAACCAAUCACACGCGAUACCUCGGUCACAUGUCCUGCAAUCAGGUGACACGAAGUGGGGGAGGGGGGGUGGUGGCAGUGAGGUGACCCCCACGAGAAGAGGUCAAUUGAGACGGGACCAUGGCAACUAAGAGGGCACGGCACCAGUUGUUUACAGCCACAAGCCAGUGGUAAUAACUCCACGUCUCUAUGGCAGGGGGCAAGUCUGUCCGUAGAACAACCAUUGUUUAAUUCCCCAUAAAAUUGUUACCGGCUCUUUGAAGGACAGGGUUGGUGGAUAACGUAGGGAUCUAGCGUGAGACUCCCAAACUUGCGACGGCCGCGAGGUGCCCAGGAGAAUGGGGCAGUAGAGCAAGUCGGUCCGUGGGCCCGUGAGCAGAGCAGACCUUCGAGCAUCAUCUCCUCGUGGGCGUGGCGAGGUUUCCCAACUUUCCUCCUGCUCCGAUAAUCGACGGCCGUUAUUUAAAAUCACAUUGGCCAGGAUUUUUUUUUCUUACCGGACAAGGGAAGGGCAUCACGCGGGGAGAAUCUCCGUUAACGCCGAUCGCAUUUCCCGCAGAGUUCCACAACGGACGAUAAAAUAACGCGCCGUGAGUGAACCCUGGUUGGGAUGCGAGCCCGAGGCCUCCGGGUUGGAAGUACCAAACUCCCGAGUGCUUGAACCACCGCGACACCCAGACAGAUUUUCGGACAAGGGAAUGGGGAGUGGGUAUUUGAGCCUGACUAACUGAAUACUCCCAAACUUCUUAGACUAACUGCUCACUGUUCAAUAUUACAAGGAUAAAUACAAACUAAUUAUAAGAGAGUUUAGUGAGUGGGAAACAAGGUGUUUGCCAUGGUGAACUAUGAGUGCAGGGUGCAUGGCAGAGCCCCUGUGUGGUUCAUAUCUCCGGCUAAUAUUUGACAAAUAUUGAAUUCUAGUCUCAAGAUAACCCAAAUAAACGUUUAGCAAAAGUCCCGGUCAGGUUUAUGUUUAAGCGGGUGAACAGGAUAAAGUAUCAUCGGCACGAGUGAGUGACCUCGGGCCACCUAAAUAUAAAUAAAGUACUCGGAGCAAAUAGCAUCUGCGCGACAUCGCGUGACAUGUGGAGAAUAUUGCAAAAACAAACAAAAUCCUCCACGAAAAAAAAAACAUUAAUUGUUAUUUUUAGCGCGCGUGGGCUCGGCCAGAAUAAUAUUGAGACCGAUAGCAGAGCAAUUACACAAUGAAGUUACGGAAACAUUUCAACAGAUGUAAGAGGCGGGGAGGUGGGGGUGGUGACGGUCGUACCGAUGUGCCAACAGACGAGUGGAGGACACGCCAGUAAAACGCAUCGUCCGAUGCGGCGUGCGCCAAAUAAACAUCACAGACGCUGGCCGCACGAUACGUCUGGGGAGAAAAAUGGUGCUGCGUGUGAUCGUGAUGAUCGUCGGGGAUGGGGUGGCAUCUCGGCUGACAGUAUUACGUGGGGGUUGGGGUGGGGGCAGUGAGGGCUGGGGGCAUUAUCACGCAAGCGGGCACAGCUCAGGAGCGGCAGUGGGGCUGGUGGAGGAGGGACCUUCUUGCUGAUCGAGGUUCCAAGAGGAACUUUCGCGGCCAAGAUUCGACGGGCAGGGCGGCUCGGCCCAGUGCACAGAGACACCGCAGGCAUGGACGGCAGUGACCCGAGUGCAGAGCAAAAGUAUUAGAAACCCAGGUGGUCAAGUAUUCCCUUCCCCCGCCCGCCCUGUAGGGCCCCCAUUAAGUGCAGCGAAGAUGCUUUGCAGUGACGGUUAAAAAUGUCGUUUGCGUGUUUCAAAAGUUGUAGCUGGGCGUAUAAAAUUAGAAACGCAGUGUUCAUGCCAGCUUUGACAGUAUUCUCCCCCCGCCCUCUAGCACCCGAUUAGUGAGGCUAUGAGGACAUUAAUUCGCGGGCCGUGUGACAUGAAGUUGUGGGCCGUGUCUGGCCCCGUGGGUCGUAGGUUUUCCCCGUGCUUGUUCCAGAUGUUUUUGCUUGCUGGUUCCACCCCUCCCCUCCUCCGCCUCGCUCCACUCAUCCUAAAGCCUCUCCUCCGACCCCGAGAGCAACACCGUAGGAGGAGCUGUAACGGCGGAGUUGAGUAAACGAGGUGGUGGAGCUUUGAGCUCAAAGCAUCUCUUUCCCCUUUGCCAAUCGUCGAAUUGGUUCGCGGCGAGCGUCAGCGCGGCCACACGCAGACCCCCCCCCCCCUACCCCAGAUGCCUGCAUUCAAUUAUAUGGGUUCGAUUGGGAUCGAUGUGAAUCGGAGGCCGUUGUUGAAUCGGAGCGAGCGAGCUGGUGGGAACGGGACGCGUUUCUCACGUGCCAGGGCCCUCCUGAAAAAAAAAUGUGCCCGUCAAAACAAAGUUUUUCACUCUAAAUCCUUUAUAUGCGUGGCGGCUAGAGUCCUCUCGUCCUCUGGCUUGAGAUGGCUGCCACCUAUGGGUCAGAUGAUUGCCUGCCACCAUUAAGCAAUUGGUAAUUAAAUCUAGUUUAUUUUUUCCUUAAAAGUGUAAAAUUUUGGGAAAAAAAUUUCACGAAAAGAAAUUGUCACGCACAACGAGCCUGUGUGCAAAAUGUCAGCUCGAUUGGAUCACGGGAAGUGGGUUAAAAAACGACCGAAAGAUUUGCACUGGUCGUAAGCGCGCAAGCAAGCAAGUUAACUUAAUAUAAAGGAUUUAAAAAGAGACCUUGAGACUCGACGAGGCUUUCCUGGGUUAACUCGAGGGCAUUGUUAUCAUUAUUACGAUCAUUGUCAUUGCUGGUUGAUUUCAUUUGCCCCAGUGGUUACACGCGGAGUCUCUUCUGGCGGUAACUAUGUACAGAACCCCCCCACAUUGGUGCGACUGGAUAGGCUCCAUAACGAUAAAUUAUAACGUUGAUCAUUGACAGCCCAGCGUCAGUCCAAUGCUGGAUGAAGGCCAUACUUCACCACGCUGGUCAGUGCGGGUUACAGAAGGGUGGGUGUCGGCUCAAGACCGGUUCAGUUAUCACUGGCCAUGGCCUUGGAAUUGUUACUCGGGGUGGCUGGGUUCCCCGCGCAGCGCGCUAACCGCUGCACCACCGCUCCCCCACCAGGCCAUCGUAUCUGUAACCAUAUGAAUAUUAAUAACAUGUAGUGGGACGAAGAUAUAGAUACCGAUGUUUAAUCACCACCAAUAGCGCGCAGCAGUGGCUAGUGCACUGCACUAUGAUCACGGCGGCCCGAGUUCAAUUCCCGCUCACGGCCAACGCCAGUGGCGAUUAUCUGAACCAAUCGUGGCCCUCCCCUAGGUCGACUCAGCCUCCAAUAAGUACCCGAUAAUGCGGGUUGUAAACAUAAGCUUAUACCUCGUGUUCACUCGGCGCUUGGAUAAGGGGGCUGUAUAUAGGGGCUGACUUGUCGACCUUAAUGGGUGCUCGCUAACACCACAGAGUUCGAUACCCGGCCACGGCUAACAUCAGUGGCGAGUGAUAUACGAACCGGUCCUGGGCAUCCCACCCACCACCACCGCCACCACCCAUCGCCAAACCCGUGCACUGAAAAGCGCGAUGUGAAGUAUGAUCGAACGACCCUCGUGAUCGAUAUGGCAUCGGGAGGCAUUCGUCCAGCAGUGGAUUAACCAAGGUCCGUGAUUCUUCGGUAUAUUGUUGUUAAUGAUAACGUAACAGCCCGUUUAGAACAGAGUUGUUGUUUUUUUUAUCAUGGGAGCCCAGCAAGAGAAACCCUUUUAAAUCGGAUAUAAUCUACGCUUACACUCGCACAGAUCUAUGAAUGUAUCGCGAAGGUAAAAAAUAACCGGUUGGAAUCGGUGAACCGGUGCAGUCUGACAAACGCAAACACCCCUCCGUGUCACCUUUAACAUGCUGCUGGGGCAAGGUGCUGUCAGCGAGCACCUGUUAAAGCCGAGACUGUGAUACACGAGGGGCUGGUGUGGCUCUAAACCCACGUCUGGCUGCCUUUGUCUCCCCAGCGCUCGUGUUCACACACGGGACCAGAUUUAUUUAAGGCUGAGUCUGCCUAACGGAGACCCCAUCUAUUCCUGCUUGACACACACUUGGGCGGUGGCGCAGUGGUUAGCUCACUGCGCUAUGAAUCUGAGUUUGAUCCUCCUAUAGAUCAACUCAGCCUUAAAUCAGUACCUGGUACGGUGCGUAUAACAUCAGCUCUGGGGAUACAAAGACGGCUGGAUAAUGGAUCUUGCCACACCCAACCACGCAUAAGUGCGCCGCGCUGGCCUCCAUAGGUGCCCAAUAACAACAGCAAUUGCACCGAGAGCCUGUGCAGGUUGUACGCGAGACCAUUGCCUUUAUCCAUUCUCACGCGCACUCCGAGUGGCCGUGUCUUUGCUGACCCGUGUGAAUAUUGGUACGAGUAACGACCCCCUCGGUGGGCGAGCUGUGAGUCCCCUUGAUGUACCCCUGUCAGGGGUCCGAUCCAGUUCGAUGCCGAACCCUGGAUCGGGAGAUGCUGGAUGGGAGGGGGGGCGGGGGAUGAGACGGGAGAGUGCGCAGGUGGGAGACACGGGUGGGAUAGGUUGGUGCGCGAGCACAGGUGAAAGCACACAGGUUUGGCACAGAUGAGGUUUGCACAGCUGAGUUCACUUGCUGAGCACACAGGUUAAAGCACAGGUGAGACGUGAAAGCACAAAUGCGCGAAAGCACAGAUACGAGAGCACAGGUGUGAGCAAUCAGGUGCCACAGGUGAGAAAUCACACGGGUGAUAUUUGACAAGGUGAGAAGUGAGAGGCAGGUGAGAUAAACCAAACAGCUGAGGAAUGAUACACAGGUGAGUGGUGAGACACUUGAAACCAGACAGAUGAGAGGUGAGACAUCACACAGGUGAGAUGAUGUGAGACAGCUGAGCCCACAGGUGAGAUGUGAGACAGGUGAGAAUCACGACCCUCUCCCUCCCUACCCUGACCCUAUCCCACACCCAGCUGUGUCGCUGCGUCUCAUGCCUAGCCCCCCCCUCCCCUCCACCUAGCCGCCCCCCCGUACCCCCGUGAUUCUUAUGCCGUUCGUACAACUCGUCGAUGUUGGUCGAUGUUAUUUAUGGUCAUCGUGGUCCGUGAGGUUGUGAAUCCCACUCGUUCAUUCAUCGAUUCGUUCAGCCGUGCACAUGCCCCUUACCCUCCCUGCCCCCAGAGCGAUGUCCCCCCCGCACUCCCCACGUGUGCGUGCGUGAAACCUCGUGGUGUUGUUGAAGCAACGUUACUAUUGUAUUUACUUGUAGAAGUGUUUUAAGCAAUUGGAUAUAUUUGUAUUGACAGUAAUAACUAAUAACCAUAGACCUGUACUACUAUAAUUAUAUUGAUGAUGAUAUUGAUUGUGAUGAUGCUAUUGAUGAGGAUGAUGAUGAUGAUAUAAGAGAAUUAUAUAUGGGGGAAACACAGCGAGACGCGUUUUGCUACGUGUAACACAACAUAACACAUAUAUGCAGGAAUUUGUAUAAUGUUCUAUCAGUUUUAGUUUGUUUCCGAUUAUCUUCCGAUUUUAUAUAUAAAAGAAAAGAAAAUAAUUUCAUAGCAAGUAUAACUUUUUGUUUUUGUUAAUGCGAUUAAUGUUAUUUUUUUCUGAGUAAAAGCUUCUAAGAUGGGGUGGGGGGGGGGGGGGUUAUAUGAUUAUUGCAGACUAUAUGGGCCGGGUUUACAUGUACAAUGACGGGUGAUGUAUGAUCGCGUGACGGCGGUGAUGGGCUGGUGAUGGUGAUGGAGCGAGUGUUGAUGGGUCUCCGCCCCCCCAAAUUCCCGUGAUCUAUUCAACAGUCGAUUAUAAGAUAUAUAUUUUUUGGAACAUUGCCUCUAGUGGCUGGUGGGGGGGGGGGGGUCACGUAAAAUCCACGAUUACGCAGCGUACGCCAAUCGGAAAGCAACCCCCCCCCCCCCACAGCAUUGCUUCUGUGCGGAAAUGCGUGCGUCGUGAUCUUAAUUGGCGACAUUAAUCGAUUAAUCGAUAAUGCGGCAUUAUCUUAACCAUCUACCCAAGAUCCCACUAAAGAUACAUUCACCGAAUUAAUACAAUUAUAAUAAUAAUGAUGAUCGUCAUUUACAGCCGGUGAGAAACGAGGGUCUCCGCUUCCCUGUGACGUGUCGGUCAUAUGGGUGGUUCGACCAUACUUCACCACGCCGGUCAGUGCGGGUUUGGUGAAGAUGAGUCCCUCCACCCAGAUCGGAUAUCAUUCGUUAGCCGUGGCCCCGAUAAAUCGCUAAUUUAAACUCGGCGCGACAGUCGGUGCGCUAACCAUUGCGCCACCGCUCCCCGCGCUCACUGCAUUAGCCCCCCCCUACCUCUGACCUCGCAUCCACACUCGCUCGCCUGACCCCCCCCCCCCCCUUCACACCACGCCCUCCCACCCUCAUUGAAGGGAGCCGGUCCAAUUCCUUGGCUCAAGAUUUGGGAACACUGGGAGGCAACUGGGCUGUAUUUGCGGUUGGAAGACAGAUUCCCUGCUGCAAGCGUACGGGGCCCGUAUUAUUGUUUUUGAAUGCAGCACUUCACGCUGGAGACACACACAUGGAAUGAUCCUAUUUGGUUCUUUCGGUGAAGUCACGUAGUUAGAAAUAAAACACGUUUCGAUCGCUUGUGUUGCGAUCGAAACGUCGUGAUUUAUUUCAUUAUAUUUCUAACUACGUAACUUUAGCGAAAGCACCAAAGAGUAUGGAUUCCUGCAGUCACGAAAGCUUCAAAUCACGUAGAAUAAUAUCAAGACUGCAGCUGCAUUAUUCCUCGCGACCCGUCAUUGCAAACUGUUCAAACGUUUUGGUGUCUCUCUGUCCGCAUUGCUCCAGCCUUCUGCGAGACACUGCGAGUGAAUGCUUGGUGAACAGCUGCCGGUAGCACGGAGAGCGGCGCUGACUGAUCAUUGAAGUUUGAUUUCCGCUCACGGCGAACACCAGUGACGAUUAUCUGAACCGGUCCUGAACCUCCCCUAGGUAGUCUCAACCGUAAAACGAGUACCUGGCGCGGUGUGUAAACCGCGCCACUGGGGAGACAAGGGCGGCCGAGCGUGAUGUUGACCAACCAUAGGGAUCUGUGUCCCACGCACCACACACACGCGCGCGCGCACGUGCGGAACCUGUUAACCAAUCAUCGCGCGCGCAUUUGAACUGUGAACCUUGGUAAACAAUGUGACACCGAAGCCGCGGUGGGCAAAGUGAUGACUUGGGUGUGUCGUCCCAUGAGCCAGAGCGGAAACUUGCACCACCUGAGCGGGAAGGGGCAAUCCUCUUGAUUUGCGCCGAUUUAUUUACACGACCAGCGCCAGUGAAAUUGCUUUAUAAAAACCCAAAGGGGUCGCCACGUAAAUUCACCGGUGCGGUAUUGGCCACAUCGAGAAAAGAUUGUGCCGGCUCCCGUGUUCCCUGGACUUGCCUCGCAAUUCAACGAAUGAUUUGCUGCUGCUGCUGCCUAUGCCUCUGGGACACACAUCUCAACACACUAUGUCAAUAACACUGUGGUCGUAAGAGGAAAUGGGCCUUCUUUAAGUGCAUGUCGUAAAUAAUCCAGGACUGUGGAGACAGCGUCCAGGGUUGAUGGAUCACACAACUGCCUUCCCGCACCACCACCUCGCCAGGGAGGUGGUGGUGCAGCAAGAGGACGAAUCUCCGCCCGUUUCCAUCUGUACGGGGAUCGAGCGUUGCCCCCUCGCGCAAGGCGUGGGUCUUAUCCGGGUGCUCCGCUUUCCUUCCACACGUAUAAUAAGCAACUAAUCUUCAACAACAACAAAAACUCACCGUAGUAGCAGCAACAGGACCCUCCUGAAAAUGAAUCCAACGAAUUGGUGUGGAUUUCUUGCGUAAAUGAUCCUUGUGGCGGUACCCCGGGGUGCCAAAUAAUACAAAAUGGUCGAGUCAAUUAAAUAUUUUAUUUCUGGGACACGUUUUUUUUCCAGGGGUGUACUUAUCUCCGCGACUGGGGUAUUAAUCAAUCCGAAAUCAGUGCUACUCCGCCAUGUUGAAACGCAGCGAGGACGAUUGCGCUGAAACCUUGAACGCUCGUAAUGCACCGUAGUAGUGCAUCGUGUACAGCUCGUCGAGAUGAGUCGAUUGCAGCAUGGCCGACCAUCAACAGACUAAAGAUGACUGCAUCGCGGACAUGAUGCGAGAGCCGGGGUACUAUGGUACCGCCAUGAGGUUCAAAUAAUUAAUCACUUGGCCUACGAAGGAGGUUCAUUGCCCUUUUCAAGGCCGCGCAAUCAAAGCAUUGCGUUAUUGACGAACGUGUCGGAGUUUUGAGUGGUCGGGGCUGUGUUGCUGCCCCGGUUUUGUUCUUGCAGCACGAAGGUCAAACGCAGCCCAAGGGGUCAAACGUUGCCCGAGGGGUCAAACGCAGCCCAAGGGGUCAAACGCUGCCCGAGGGGUCAAACGCAGCCCAAGGGGUCAAACGCUGCCCGAGGGGUCAAACGCAGCCCGAAGGUCAAACGCAGCCCGAAGGUCAAACGCUGCCCGAGGGGUCAAACGCAGCCCGAAGGUCAAACGCAGCCCGCGUGCCUCCCAGUGUCCUCACAGCCCGAGCCGACCGAUACGUGGAAAAUACUUAAGUCUAGUACAUAGUAUAUUAUAUUCGACAUACAGUAUAUAUUAUAACCGUUCGUGUCCUAUACAUUGAAAUACAAAAAACUACAUAUUAUAAAGUAUAAUCGUAGAUGUUAAAUAACGAAUAGUAUAUAUAUUGAAAUGUUUUAAACGCGUAGUGAUGAUGUGGUGGAGGAAUGAUGUGGCGAUGAUGGAAACGUUGGUUGAGUGUGGGUGGAGAAGGAGGUUGGUGGCGGUUGAGAAGGAAGAGGUCGCAAUUAAGAGGUGUUUGUGGUUGAGGAGGUGGUAGGGAAGGAGGAAUAGGUGGUUGUGGUGGUUGUGGUGAUGGUUGGAGGAGUAGGGCAAAGUGGUUGUGAUUGAGGAGUGGAGGAGGAAGUGGUUGAGGAGGUGGAGGACGAGAUUGUUGACGAGGUUGGUGGUGGAGGAGCUUGUUGACCACGUGGUGGAGGUCGUGGUUGGUGUUCGUCUCGUCACGUGCGUCGUUGUGAAUGAAGUGCGCGCGCGCGCGACCGAACCGCGGUGACUUCGUGUUGUGAAUCCCCCCUAACAAAAACCACAACAAUAACAACAACCACCACAGCAGCAACCACCAGCAACAAACACAACAACAACAACAACCAACCCACCCACGAGCGCGGAACACUGAAUCCCGUCCGUGGAAUGACCGAAUGUCCUCGCCUCUCCCGCCGAGGCGACUUCUCCCCGUGUCCGCACUGAACUCAAUAAAGCGAGUCCGCCCACGA